AUAUAUAUAUAAGGCAAGUGUUUGAACGGCGGGAGUAGGAGCGUGGUCUGCGCGUGCUGUUGAGCAGGAGGUUGGUGCUAGAUUUUUCUCUCUGUAAGUGUUGUAGCUGAUCAUUUUGAUCGAGAAUGGCGAGGUCGUAUCCCACCGUCAGUGAAGAGUACAAGAAGGCUUUUGAAAAAGCCAGGAGGAAGCUCCGUGGACUCAUUGCUGAGAAGAAUUGCGCACCGAUCAUGCUCCGUUUGGCAUGGCAUUCGGCUGGGACUUACGAUGUGAAGACCAAGACUGGAGGUCCAUUUGGAACGUUGAGGCACAAGGAGGAGUUGAGUCAUGGUGCCAACAGCGGGCUGGAUAUUGCUGUUAGGCUGUUAGAGCCGAUCAAGGAGCAGUUUCCUAUUCUCUCAUAUGCUGAUUUUUACCAGUUGGCUGGUGUUGUUGCUGUUGAGGUUACUGGAGGGCCUGAAAUUCCCUUUCACCCUGGUAGGAAGGACAAUCCUCAGAUUCCAGUCGAAGGUCGCCUCCCUGAUGCUACCAAAGGAUCUGACCACCUGAGGGAUGUUUUUGUCAAACAAAUGGGGCUUAGUGAUCGAGACAUUGUUGCUCUUUCUGGUGGCCAUACGCUUGGAAGGUGCCAUAAAGAACGGUCAGGAUUUGAGGGUCCUUGGACUCCAAAUCCUCUCAUCUUUGAUAAUUCCUACUUUAAGGAGCUCUUAAGUGGCGAGAAGGAAGGCCUUCUGCAGCUUCCAUCUGACAAGGCUCUUCUCUCUGAUCAAGCCUUCCGCCCACUUGUAGAAAAAUAUGCUGCUGAUGAAGAUGCAUUCUUCGCUGACUAUGCCGAAGCUCAUCAGAAGCUCUCUGAACUCGGAUUUGCUGAUGCAUAGAAAUAACUGGCCUUGGGAAUUUGAACACAUUUUGCUCAGUUUGUAACUGUGGAAUCUAUCUCCUGCUUUUGAACUUUGAAGCGAAUAAUCCUCUUUAGAUAUAUAUAAUGAAAUACUUUGUUCAAUUGGUCUGGUCAGUUCAUGGGUUGGAAAAUUUUUGUUUGCUGCUGUUGAAUUAUAUUGCAUUUGGAUCAA